AUGAAUAGGUUGAAAGCUGCGUUGCAGUUCAAACCCAAACAGUACGAUUCUGAUUCGUUGGGUUAUUUCUCAGCUUCUUCUGACCAGUCAUUCACACGAUCGCAGUUUAUUCUUCGACCGUCUUCCGCUUAUGGUUCAUUAGCCUCUUGUUCUUACUUGCAGGAAAUCCCGCACUCGGAGUUUAACUAUGAAGAUUCUCCUUCCGUAUCUUGCAGUUCCCGCAGCUUAUUCACCCAGGAUGGCUCAUUUUACGAUUCGCAUUACGGGACAUGUUCGGCAGAUGACGAAAUCAGUACCAUUCAUGAGGAAGCUUAUGGUUAUAGUAGUGGACUGAUGAGAUCGGACAGUGAAGAAUCGAUUUAUGCAGCUUCUACCGUCGGCCGGGAGAAAUCGGGUUCAGAUCAUUAUGAUUUGGAAGAACUGUUUGAUGAUUUAGAAAUCCAACAAAUGAAUUACGAAUCGAGUUCGUCCCCUGAUAAUACUUUGAAAAGAAAAAAGUUUCUCAUUAAAGAACCGGAUGAUUCCAGUAAAAUAUACUUCAACGAACACUUCUCGAGAGUUCAGAACGUUGUUCCAGCGAAAGGGUUGAAACCGAGAUCUAUCUUGAAAAAGAAACCGUCGUUGUUGCAUUCACAUAUUUAUGAAGAGAUUGAAAACGAUCAUCUGUGUCCGAUACCUGAUGAUGUGCGACCAGCUCCGCCAGCACGGCCUACUGUAUUACCAAUACGCAUUUUUCCCCCCUGUCAAACUUUCCAACCCCGACGUCUUGACCCAAGACAUAUUUCUUCCAGUCGAAGAAACCACAGUGCUCCGGAGGUUAAACGUACGACUUCAUUCAGUUUUAGCUUCUUCACUUUGAACCGCAAGAAAAAAAAAAACUUAUGA